AUGGCGCCUCGCGCAGACGAAAGCCAGAACAUGGCUCUCGAGCUCCAAGAUGGCCAUGUCUGCUUUGGACAGAGCUUCGGUGCUGACAAGAGCAUUGCUGGAGAGUUGGUCUUUCAAACUGGUAUGGUGGGCUACCCCGAGUCUGUCACAGACCCUUCAUACCGUGGCCAAAUUCUGGUCAUCACAUUCCCUCUAGUGGGCAACUAUGGUGUGCCCUCGCGAGAAGAGAUGGACAGCCUGCUGAAGGAUGUCCCGGCGCACUUCGAGUCCAAGGAGAUCCACAUCGCAGGUCUCGUAGUUGCGACCUACGCGGGAGAGGAAUACUCGCACCACUUGGCCACCUCUUCGCUGGGCGCAUGGCUGAAGGAGCAAGGUGUACCCGCCAUCACUGGUGUGGAUACGCGAGCACUGACGAAGCGCAUCCGAGAGGAAGGUAGCAUGCUCGGCAGACUGCUCCAAAGAACCUCAGCAGCCCCCAGCUCUACUGCGCUCACCAACGGUGCUGUCGACACUGCGGCCCUGGUUGACGGUGAAGUCGAGGACUGGAAAGCCAGCUUCGAGCAACUCGAAUGGUCAGACCCCAAUGCCAAGAACCUCGUAGCUGAAGUGUCCAUCGAAGAGCCUAAGCUCUGGUCCCCAGACCCAUCCACUGCCCUCAAACACCCCUCCGGCCGCCCAGUACGCGUUGUCACAGUCGACGUUGGUCUCAAAUACAACCAGCUGAGAUGCUUGGUCCGGAGAGGUGUCGAAGUCCUGCAGGUGCCAUGGGACUACGAUUUUCCUCAGCUCGCUGGCAAGGAGUAUGAUGGACUGUUCAUCUCGAACGGUCCUGGUAACCCCGCCAUGAUGGAGAGCACAGUCAAGCACAUCAAGGCUGCCAUGGAUGAGGCCAGGACUCCCAUAUUCGGUAUUUGCUUGGGUCACCAACUUCUUGCAAGAGCCGCUGGCGCCGACACACUCAAGAUGAAGUUCGGUAACCGUGGCGCAAACAUUCCUUGCACCAGUCUGCUCACAGGAAAGUGUCACAUCACCUCGCAGAAUCACGGUUAUGCAGUGGACUCAAAGACACUUCCCCAUGGCUGGGAGGAGCUCUUCGUCAACGCCAACGAUGGCAGCAACGAAGGUAUCCGCCACGUAAGCAGGCCCUACUUCAGUGUCCAAUUCCACCCAGAGCACACUCCAGGGCCUCGCGACACCGAAUACCUCUUCGAUGUCUUCAUCAGCACCAUCCAGAAGAACUUGGAGUCAAACGAAAUCAUGUCAAAGCCAGUCGAGUUCCCGGGCGGCACCUUCGAGGAGAACAAGAAGGCCGCACCACGAGUGGAUGUGAAGAAAGUCCUCGUGCUUGGCAGUGGAGGUCUGAGUAUCGGCCAGGCUGGAGAGUUUGACUACUCUGGUAGCCAGGCCAUCAAGGCUCUGAAGGAAGAAGGCAUUUACACUAUUCUGAUCAACCCCAAUAUCGCCACAAUCCAGACCUCCAAGGGUCUUGCCGACAAGGUCUACUUCCUCCCCGUAAACGCCGACUUUGUACGCAAGGUCAUCCAGAAAGAGCGACCAGAUGGCAUCUACGUCACAUUCGGUGGCCAGACGGCUCUUCAAGUUGGUAUCCAGCUCAAGGACGAGUUUGAAGGCCUUGGCGUCAAGGUGCUCGGUACCCCAAUCGACACAAUUAUCACUACAGAGGACCGCGAGCUAUUUGCCCGCAGCAUGGAGUCCAUCGGCGAGAAGUGUGCCAAGUCGGCAUCUGCCAACAACGUCGAAGAAGCCAUGCGCUGUGUCAAAGACAUUGGCUACCCAGUUAUCGUCCGAGCUGCAUACGCUCUUGGAGGGCUCGGAAGUGGUUUCGCCAACAACGACGCAGAGCUGCUCGAUCUUUGCAACAAGGCUUUCGCUGCCAGCCCGCAAGUGCUCAUCGAGCGCAGUAUGAAGGGAUGGAAAGAGAUCGAAUAUGAAGUUGUUCGUGACUCUCGCGACAACUGUAUCACCGUAUGUAACAUGGAGAACUUCGACCCUCUCGGUAUUCAUACUGGAGACUCCAUUGUUGUCGCGCCAUCGCAAACUCUUUCCGACGAAGACUACAACAUGCUACGCACCACAGCCGUCAACGUCAUCCGCCACCUUGGUGUGGUCGGAGAAUGCAACAUCCAAUACGCUCUGAACCCAUUCUCCCGCGAAUACUGCAUCAUCGAGGUUAACGCUCGUCUGUCACGUUCCUCGGCUUUGGCCUCCAAGGCCACUGGUUAUCCUCUUGCCUUCGUUGCUGCCAAGCUUGGUCUCAACAUCCCGCUGAACGAGAUCUCCAACUCGGUCACCAAGGUGACCUGCGCUUGUUUCGAGCCAUCGCUCGACUACGUUGUUGUCAAGAUCCCCAGAUGGGACUUGAAGAAGUUCACUCGUGUAUCGACACUGCUUGGAUCGUCUAUGAAGAGUGUCGGUGAAGUCAUGAGUAUUGGCAGAACCUUUGAGGAAGCGAUCCAGAAGGCCAUCCGAGAGGUUGACCCCAACAACCUCGGUUUCAACGAGACUGCUGCGUUGAUGGGAAUCGAUCAGGAGCUUCAGACACCAUCCGACCAGCGUCUGUUUGCCAUCGCCAAUGCGAUGAAGAGCGGUUACACGGUCGACAAGAUCUGGGAAAUGACCCAGAUCGACAAGUGGUUCCUUAGCCGUCUCAAGGGCCUGAGCAACUUCGAGAAGGACAUGUCAAGCUACAACACAGCAAGCAUCACCCUGCCGUUGAUGAAGCGAGCGAAGGAGCUUGGUUUCUCUGACCGCCAACUUGCCAAGUUCUGGGACACCAACGAACUGGCUGUGCGUCGUGUACGUAUCGAUGCCGGCAUCUUCCCAGUUGUUAAACAAAUCGAUACUGUGGCUGCCGAGUUCCCUGCUAUGACCAACUACUUGUACCUCACGUACAACGGCACGGAACACGACGUGAGCUUCGAUGACAAUGGUAUCAUGGUUCUGGGCUCUGGUGUGUACCGUAUUGGUUCGUCCGUGGAGUUCGACUGGUGCUCCGUUCGUGCUAUCCGCACGCUUCGUGAGAAUGGGUACGUCGAUUCCAGCAUAUACAAUCCUGAGACCGUUUCAACGGACUAUGACGAAGCGGAUCGCUUGUAUUUCGAGAACAUCUCGCUCGAGACUAUCCUGGACAUCUACACUCUGGAGAACUCCGGCGGUGUUGUCAUCUCUGUAGGCGGGCAGUCUCCCAACAACAUUGCCCUGCCACUCCACCGCAUGAAUGUCAAGAUCUUGGGUACAUCACCCGAGAUGAUUGACACUGCAGAGAACCGCUACAAAUUCUCACGUAUGCUGGACCGCAUCUCGGUUGACCAACCUGCCUGGAAGGAGCUCACAAGCAUCGACGAGGCCAGGGAGUUCUGCAGCAAGGUUUCCUACCCAGUCUUGGUGCGUCCAUCGUACGUGCUUUCUGGAGCUGCGAUGAACACAGUGUACUCGGAGCACGAUUUGGCGAACUACCUGAACCAGGCAGCCGAUGUUUCCAAGGACCACCCCGUAGUCAUCACGAAGUACAUUGAGAACGCCAAGGAGAUUGAGAUGGAUGCUGUUGCCCGAAACGGUACCAUGAUCGGCCACUUCAUCUCUGAGCACGUAGAGAAUGCUGGUGUUCACUCGGGUGAUGCUACCCUCAUCCUACCACCUCAGGACUUGGACGAAGACACCAUCAGACAGAUCGAAGACGCUACGAGAAAGAUCGGACAAGCACUUAACAUAACUGGACCAUACAAUAUCCAGUUCAUCGCCAAAGACAACGAGAUCAAGGUCAUUGAAUGCAACGUCCGCGCUUCCCGCUCCACUCCCUUCGUCUCGAAGGUCAUGGGUGUUGAUCUCAUCGAGAUGGCUACGAAAGCUAUGGCCGGCCUGCCUCUUGUGCCGUACCCUCCUGUCAACAUCCCUCCCGAGUAUGUCGGCGUCAAGGUACCACAGUUCUCGUUCUCCCGACUAUCUGGCGCAGAUCCUGUGCUUGGUGUGGAGAUGGCUUCGACUGGAGAGGUAGCCUGCUUUGGACGCACAAAGUACGAGGCCUACAUCAAGGGCCUCAUUGCCACCGGCUUUAGGCUCCCUAAGAAGAACAUUCUUCUCUCCAUCGGUUCAUUCAAGGAUAAGCUGGAGAUGCUGCCAUCCAUCGAGCGUCUGCACAAGAUGGGCUACAAUCUUUUUGCCACGGCUGGUACUGCAGACUACCUCCAGGAACAUGGUCUUCCCGUCAAGUUCUUAGAGGUACUUCCAGAAGGUGACUACGACGAGCAGAAAGCAGAGUACUCCUUGACUCAGCAUUUGGCGAACAAUCUCAUCGACCUGUACAUCAACCUGCCAUCGAGCAACCGCUACCGACGACCAGCCAACUACAUGUCUCGAGGAUACCGCACUCGCCGUAUGGCGGUCGACUACCAGACACCCCUUGUCACCAACGUCAAGAACGCCAAGCUCUUGAUCGAGGCCAUUGCACGCCACUACGAUCUUGAGGUCUCUAAAGUUGACUUCCAGGAGUUCUUCCCGCCUCUUGGAGAGCAUGAGCAAUCCAACAUGGAGCUAGCCAGGCUCAACGGCUCACUGUCCUUGACGCAACUUCUUGCGAAGUCUCCGUUCAAGAGGAAGCACAUUACGUCAGUGAAGCAGUUCUCCCGUGCUGACCUUCACUUGCUCUUCACCAUUGCCCAGGAGAUGCGUCUCGGCGCACAGAGGCAGGGAUGCCUCGACAUCCUCAAGGGUCGCGUCUUGUGCACUGUGUUCUGCGAGCCCUCUACCAGGACUUCAGCUUCCUUUGACGCUGCCAUGAAGCGCCUUGGCGGUGAGGUCAUCGUCAUCAACGAGUCGGUCUCCUCCACUCAGAAGGGCGAGUCUAUCGCCGAUACCAUCCGCACUCUUGCAUGCUACGGUGAUGCCAUCGUUCUCCGUCACCCGGCUGAGGAGUCGAUCGACAUUGCAGCCAAGUUCUCGGGAGUUCCAGUCAUCAACGCUGGUAAUGGUAGCCGCGAGCACCCAACACAGGCUCUGCUCGACAUCUUUACCAUGCGUGAGGAGUUGGGUACCGUCAACGGCUUGAACAUCACCUUCGUUGGUGAUCUCAAGUACGGCCGCACCGUGCACUCCCUCUGCGAGUUGCUCUCCCAUUACGACGUCACCGUCAACCUUGUAUCUCCUGACUCGCUCGGCAUGCCCGAAGGAGUGAAGGAUGGGCUCAAGUCUCGCGGCCAGCUUAACAAGAUCUCCAACGAGCUCACCGCCGACAUCGUCGCCUCGUCGGACGUUCUCUACUGCACACGUGUGCAGAAGGAGCGCUUCCCCGACCCCGCAAGCUACGAGAAGGUCAAGGACGCAUUUGUCAUUGACAACAAGGUUCUCAAGGGAGCAAAGACGAAUAUGAUCGUCAUGCACCCUCUGCCAAGGAAUAAUGAGAUUCACGAGGAGGUGGACUUUGACCCCAGGGCAGCAUACUUCAGACAGAUGCAAUACGGAUUGUACACCCGCAUGGCUUUGCUCGCGAUGGUCAUGGCCCCGUAG